AUGAAUCCACAAAGAAUUCAACGUGCUGUCGCACCUUCGGGCUACUCAAACCCUCUUGUUCUUUCGCAAGGAAUACAAGGAAUACAAGGAAUACCACCUCAAUAUCAGUAUCGCCCAGCUCCAUACCAGUCUUAUGGACAAUCUCAGUAUAUUCAACCACAAAGGCCAACAAUGGCAAAUACAAACCAACCUCGCCCGAUUCUUGCUUCACAGCACGCUGGUCCUUCAACAUUAGCGAUAGCACCAGUACCAACAGUAAUAAGAAAACGCAUUAAUCCCGACCCUCCUUUAAAUAUUGGUUCACAACAGUCAAAGAAAAAGAGGGCGGUUGAACGAAAUAUUCCCGAGAAGCUAAAUGCUAUUGUACCCGAGUCUCGUUUUUAUACAGAACUUCAAGAAUUUGAAAGGAGACUGGACACGACAAUUACGAGGAAACGUCUUGAAAUACAGGAAACCAUUAAUAAACCAAUGAGGGUUAAACGCACACUACGAGUUUUUAUCUCCAAUACCGCAAUAAAUCAAAAUCCCGUACAGAGGGAAACCGAUGAAAAUGAACUUGAAUAUUGUGACGCAAAUACACCGGCUUGGAUACUCAGAAUCGAAGGAAGGUUGCUUGACUGGAAUAAGGCUUCUUCUAGUCCUGAUGGAUUUAAUGGAUUUGAGAUUAAACGAAAGGGAGACACGAAUCUUAAAUGUAAAAUAUACUUCAAUUUGGAGCAUAUACCACAAAAAUAUAAGUUGUCUGAGGAAUUGGCGGACUUGCUAGACAUACAUGAAGGAACGAAACCUGGAAUUAUUAUGGCAUUAUGGCAAUAUAUUAAGCUUUUCAGUUGUCCGCGGAUGAUUUUCCCGCAAAUGCCGGAAUUGCUUAAUAAACAUUUGCAACCUCUUGAUCCUAUAGUCAUAGAAUAUACAAUUCGAGUAGACAAAGAUUUUCACCAAUCAAGAUAUGCUUACGAUAUUGAAGUUGAAUUUGACGACCCUAAUAAAACGAGACUUCCUUCUAUCUUUUCAAACGUUGCGAACCAAAGGGAAAUACAAACCUUUGAUGACAAGAUUGUUCAAUGUGUACAAAGUAUAAACAAUUCGAAAACCAAACGCGACUUUUUAUUAAAUUUCGCGAAAUCCCCCGUUGAAUUUAUUAAUAAAUGGGUGGAAAGUCAAAGUCGAGAUUUAGAAUUAAUAUUAGGUGAACAUUCAGUCAAUCUUGAAGAUCAGAGAAGAUCCAAUUUUUACAAGCAAAAUUGGGUCAGCGAGGCCGUCUUCCAUUAUUCUAACGCGUUGACUCAGAAAAAAAUGCACGAAUUAUUAGGGUCAAGUAAUAGCGGUAUUAAAAAUGAUCCGAAAAAAUAA